AUGUUAGGAACACGUGACCCAAGAUAUAACACUCGGAUUAGUAAUAUAUCUGGGGAUGCAGUUAUACUUACUCAAGAGGAAUACGAAAGAACUAAACGCCAGUCUAAAUUUUUAACUCCUGCGCAAGUAUUAGAAAGAACUCAAAAAGAAGAAGAGGAAAAGUUACAAACAAUGAAAGCAAUCGAUAUGAAGCGUACCAAUAUUAUUGAAGCCGAGCAAAAACAUCAACAAAUGCUUAAGCAACAGACAACACAAUUACAAUCCGCAGAACACGAACGUCAGCUCGCCAUUGCAAGGUCAAAAGCUAACGAAGAAUUAGAUGAAGUUAAGCUUAUGAACCAAGAAGUUGCCGCAGCCCGUGUUCGUGCUAUGCGUGAUGCAGAAUUAAUUCUUCACAAGAAGAAGAAAGAGGAAGAAGCUGCCAUGGAAAAGCAACAAGCCGAAAAGCUUGAAGCUGAACGCCAAAGAGCAGUUCAAAUUUACAACGAACGUGAAAGCGCCCUUAAAGAACAGAGAAAGCUUGGCGCCCAAAUGAUUUUAAAGCAGAUUAACGACAGAAAAAUACUUGCUAAGAUAGAAGCCGAUCGCCGUGCAAAGGAAAUUGCUGAAAUGAAAGAAGCAAAUCAAGCCGCUCUUGAAGAGGAGCAGCGCCUUGCUCAAGAAAAGAAACAGAGGCAGCAGGAAUUCCUUCAAGAAUGCCUUGAAGCAAACAAACAGUCAAUCGUUAGAAAACAUAAAGAACGUGAGCGGGAUAUCCAAGAAGUCAACGCUAUUAUCGAAUACAACAAAAAGAAAGCAGCGCAGGAAGAAGAAUACGAAAGACAGGUAGCUGAAAGAAAAGCUGCUAAAGAACGUGAAAUUUCAGAGAUUCGUAAGAACCAGCAACGUCUUAUUGAUACACAAGCACAGGAAGAUGAGCUCCGUGCUCGCCGUGUUUCUGAAGAGAAGGAACGUAAAGAACGUCAACGUGAACUUGAAUUAGCCAAGAAGAAGGAAGAAGAACGCCAGAUGAUCAUUGAUAAUCGCAAUGAAUUCCUUCGUCUUAAGCAGAAGCGUCUUAUUCAGCUUGCAAACAUCGAAAAGCAGGAAUUCGAACGCGCAAAGAAGAAAUGGGAUGAAGAAAAGGCUGCAAGAGAAGCAGAGGCCGCAAGGAAGAAGGCCGCUCAGGACGAGUACAAUCGCCAGUUACAACAGGAAAUCGAAACAAAGAGAUUACAGAAACAGAUGGCCCCACUUGUACAUCUCGACGAUCAGCAACAUAUGGCUGAGGAAAGACAAGACUACAUUGAUAGAAUUGAAGCAAUCCGCCAGGAGAAGCUCGCUAUGCUUCGUGCGGAAGGUGUUCCAGAAAAGUAUCUUCAAGAUUUAGCUAAUAAGAAAUUUGUAAUUCAUUAA